GAAAGAAGAGAGGUUGGGAGAAAGAGAACUAGAAAAGCCGAGGAUUAGGGUUUUUAUUUCUUGGAUUUUUUCUCCCCUUCUUUAAUCCGUUCGGCGACUCUGCUUCGGGAGAACGAAGGGAGGGGAGAGCGGGGGGUUUCGCUUCCGUCCCUCAUCUCGCCCCCAAUUCCUCUACUCCUUCGCCCAAGGGGGAUUGGGCUGAAGAGUGCUUAGGCGGGAAUCUUUGGGCAUGGCAACAGCAGAGGCGGCUCCAGCUUCACUGGGCCCACGCUUUGCACCUGAAGACCCGACACUCCCGAAGCCUUGGAAAGGGUUGAUUGAUGGAAGCACUGGUCUCUUGUACUACUGGAACCCUGAAACGAAUGUCACCCAGUAUGAGAAGCCAGCUACCUCAGCCUCUCCACUGCCAACUGGUCCUCCUUCCUCAGCCUCCAUGCCCAAGUUGGCCCAGAUACCCACAGCUCGCACCUUACCUCCUAAUGUCACUGUAUCGCAGCAGCCUGGCCAACAAAUGGUUCAACAGGCAGGACAGCAAGUGCAGCAACAGCAUCCAAGUCAACAGAUUUUUCAGCAAGCAGGCCAGCUAACUCAACAGCAGCAGCAUCUGAGCCAGCAAUUGCCGCUUCAGCAGUCAGGUCAGCAGAUGCCGCUUCAGCAGUUAGGUCAACAGAUGGCAUGCCAGCAAAGUCAGCAGAUGCCAUAUCAGCAGCUGCAGCAAAUGUCAAAUCAGCAGGUCACACAGCAGCAGAACGCACAGCAGUUCUCACACAUGCAGCUGCAGCAAAUGCCAUAUCAGCAAAUUUCUUGCCUUCCAGGGCAGCUUAUGCCGCACCCUCAGGGACAGCAACCACAAGGGCUGCAAUUUUCUUCUUAUCAGCAGGGGCAACAAUCACAAGGGCUGCAGGCGCCAUACCAGCUGGGGCAGCAACCGCAGGUGCCACAAAUUCCUCACGAGCAACAAAUGCAGGAGUCACACAUGAUGCUACAAAGGGGGCAGCAACUGCAGGGUCCACAAAUCCCGCACUCCCAGGGCCUUCAGAUGGUGCCCCAGCCGCUUCAAUACCCACAUGGGCUACAAAUUGCACGUCGGCAGGGACAACAAUCACAUGGUUCACAUAAUGGAAACCAGCGUGGGCAGCAGACACAAGGACAGCAAGUUGGGUUCCCAAGGGUGGAGGAAGCAGCUCGCCUAGAGGGAAAGCAGGCUGGUCUUUCUUUGCCUAUGGACCAACAAAGCAGUCUGAUAUCUUCGAAUCAUCACCUUCCAGUCACGCCUCCGCAGGUUAAUAUUUCUCUUGCAGGAGGACGUUCUAUCCAACCACAGAAACAGCUUGGUGGGGCAUCUCCUGUUACUGCACAGCAUAAUGCUUCAUCGCUUCAGUUGCAGCUGGCGGGCAUAGACCCGAGCUAUCAGCAACAGCAAACAAGUGGUUGCACAAUUCCAAAUCAGCCGGGGCACACGGUGAUCCGUCCGCCUAUGGGAUUGAAAACAGGUUAUGAUGAUGAUCAACAUGAAAGAGGGAGAAAUGAAUUUAAUUCUUCCCGAAGGAUGGAAGAGCCAAUGAUGCUUCCACAGCAACCAAAGCAUGCAAAUCUUCCCCUUGCAUGGAGUCAGCAGGAUAUGAAAAUGGGUCAUCAGUUUAUUCCACCAGGUCAUUCAGGCGGACUGAACAUGUUGCCACAGCAUCCUAUGCCAAACAUGUACAGUCAUGCUGCCUUUCCUGAUCCAGCUCCCUUAGGACCGUCCGAAGGAAUGUUUGGCUCAUCAGAUUUUCCAAAUAUUUCUGCAGCUGAUGCAUACUGCCAGCACCACGAGGUUACCGCAAUGGGCGACAAUGUUCCUGCACCAUUCAUGACCUUCGAGACCACUGGCUUCCCUCCAGAGAUUCUUAGAGAGAUGCAUUCAGCUGGAUUUUUGUCUCCCACGCCAAUACAGGCGCAGACAUGGCCAGUUGCACUACAAAACAGAGACAUAGUGGCCAUUGCCAAGACAGGUUCAGGGAAGACCCUGGGCUAUCUUAUUCCUGCAUUUAUCCAUUUGAGAAGAUGUGGAAAUAAUUCUCGGUUCGGUCCAAUAGUGUUAGUUUUGGCUCCGACUCGGGAACUUGCUUCACAAAUACAAGAAGAGGCAAUCAAGUUUGGUCAUUCUUCUAGAGUUUCUUGCACGUGUCUAUAUGGAGGAGCUCCAAAGGGUCCUCAGCUAAGAGAAAUAGAACGAGGAGCAGAUAUAAUAGUGGCUACACCUGGUCGGCUUAAUGACAUCCUUGAGAUGAAGAAGAUCGAUUUCCGUCAAGUUUCUUUUCUUGUGCUUGAUGAAGCAGACCGUAUGCUUGACAUGGGCUUUGAACCUCAGAUACGAAAGAUUGUGAAUGAGAUUCCUCCACACAGGCAGACUCUCAUGUACACAGCAACUUGGCCUAAGGAGGUGAGGAAAAUAGCUGGGGAUCUACUGAAGAAUCCUGUUCAGGUGAAUAUUGGCAGUGUUGAUGAGCUUGCUGCAAACAAGUCCAUUACGCAGUAUGUGGAGGUGGUUUCGCCUAUGGACAAGCAGAGGCGCCUGGAGCAGAUUCUUAGAAGCCAAGAACGGGGAUCCAAAAUCAUCAUCUUCUGCUCAACAAAGAGGCUGUGUGAUCAGCUGGCCCAUAGCAUGCGGAAUUUUGGUGCUUGUUCCAUUCACGGUGACAAGUCUCAGGGUGAAAGGGAUCAUGUCUUGCAACAGUUUCGCACCGGGAAGGCACCAAUUCUAGUUGCUACUGAUGUUGCUGCCCGGGGACUUGACAUCAAGGAUAUCAGGGUGGUGGUUAAUUAUGAUUUUCCUACAGGGAUCGGGGAUUAUGUCCACCGGAUUGGACGAACUGGGAGGGCUGGGGCUACAGGAGUAUCGUACACCUUCUUCUCAGACCAGGAUCGGAAAUAUGCAGCUGAUCUAGUAAAAGUUCUUGAAGGUGCAAAUCAACAUGUUCCACCAGAGGUUCGCAAUAUGGUCGCGCAUGGUGGACCCCUCUUCCCAAGGCCUCGUGCUGGAAUGAGCCGCUGGGAUUUGGGUGGCAGCAGCAAGUGGGACUCUGGAGGUGGGCGGGGAGUGAGGGAUGGCCCUGGUGGCUUUGGUGGUCGUGGGAGCUUUGGAGGUGGUCGGGGCAUGAGGGAUCGUCCUGGUGGCUUUGGUGGGCGUGGCGGUAGAAAUGAUUUCUACGGUGGGCAUAGGCCCAGGGGUCGUGGAUUUGGUGGACCAGGUGGAGAUAGGGGUCGGCAUGACCGUGUCCCAUAUGACCGAUAUAUGAAACCUGGUGGACAAGGCCGGUAUGAUGCUCGCAGGGGAUUUGGAGAGAGGAGCAGAGACCGGGGUUAUAGUCGAAGUCCAGAGAGAGCUCGGACAUGGGGUUAUGAUAGAAGCAGAAGUGAAAGCAGUAGGAGCAGGAGCCGAAGUAGAAGCCGAAGCCGAAGUAGGAGUUGGUCAAGGAGCAACAAGAGCUGGAGCAGAAGCCGAAGCAGGAGCCGGAGCAGAAGUCGAAGCAGGAGCUAUGAUAGGUAUGAGAGGCCUGGGGGACAGGAGUAUGACCACUCUCUAGUACCUGCAGCACCCAUAGCCUUGCCUGGAUUUGAGCCACCAGAAGUGGCUGGGUUUGAAGUUACACCGGUGCCCGAGUUUGAGGCUUCUUUACCUCUAUCAGGUGAUAUGUCUCCCAUGUCACCAGGCCAGGAUAAUGGAUCGUUCCCCGGAAGUGAGCUUACCGGUGAACUUCCACAGCCUGAUGGCAGGAGGCUCGACUUUCCGGAGUCUGGAGCCUCCCUAGAACUGCCUCAACAGCAUGCAGCGGAUUUGUAAUGCAGUUUUGGAGAUGUAAGAUCAUUUUUCAGGAGUUUCUGGCUUCAAAAAUCUUGUUGAGGAUUUGCAACUUUGGAGGGGCAGGCCAGGAGCGUUGUGGUUGAUGGAUUCCUUUAGGCCAGAAAAUUAGUUUUUUUUUCUUUUCCUUGUUUCAAAAAAAAAAAAAAACAGAAACAGGAGUUUCGAAUUAUUCAUACAGUUUCAAGGGGAGGGUUAUUAUGUGGUAUUUUUCUCAGAAUCAAAGGGUAUUGAUGUGAAUUCUUUAUGAAGACCCAAGUUUUACAUGCUUUCAUACUACCAAAGUAUCAUUUUUUCGGUGUAUUGAUUUU